AUGGCUCCAAUACCUACUGGAGCAGGAGUGUGGAGUGUCGCUUGGCACACGGAGGACAUGGACCUUUACAGCAUCAACUACCUGCACUUCGGGGAGCCCAAAACGUGGUACGCGGUGCCCCCAGAGCACGGCCAGCGCCUGGAGCGCCUGGCCAGGGAGCUUUUCCCGGGCAGCUCUCGGGGCUGCCAGGCCUUCCUGCGGCACAAGGUGGCCCUCAUCUCGCCCACUGUCCUCAAGGAGAACGGGGUCCCGUUCAGUCGCAUCACUCAGGAGGCUGGAGAGUUCAUGGUGACCUUUCCCUAUGACCACGCUGGCUUCAACCAUGGCUUCAACUGUGCGGAGGCCAUCAACUUUGCCACCCCGCGAUGGAUCGACUAUGGCAAAGUGGCCUCUCAGUGCAGCUGCGGGGAGGCCCGGGUGAGCUUCUCCAUGGACGUGUUCGUGCGCAUCCUGCAGCCCGAGCGCUAUGAGCUGUGGAAACGCGGGCAGGACCGGACUGUUGUGGACCACGCGGAGCCCACGGCGCCGGGCAGCAGGGAGCUGAGCGCCUGGAGGGAGGGCUGCCCUGACUCUGCACCCAGCUGGCAGACAUGA